AUGAGAAUAACAGCGGAACUCAUUGAGGAGUCACCACAGUUCCUAAAUACUCUACGUGACAGGGAGCUAGAUUUAAGAGGCAACAAAGUUAGCGCUAUUGAGAAUCUUGGAGCUACUUUGGAUCAAUUUGACACGAUCGAUCUUUCUGACAAUGAAAUUACCCGUCUAGAAGGAUUUCCACAACUUAAAAAGCUGAAAACUCUUUUUUUAAAUAAUAAUAAAAUACAAAAGGUUGAUGCUAGCUUGCAUGAGAGGCUACCUGGACUUGCAGAGCUUAUUUUGACCAACAACAACCUUCAAACUUUUACAGAUAUUGAAGACAUCUCCAAAAUUAGCUCCCUUAGAAGACUAUCGUUAUUGAAAAAUCCGGUUGCCUAUAAGCCGAACUAUAGAGCUUAUGUUAUUUAUAAAAUUCCCCACGUCACUGUCCUGGAUUUCCGAAAAGUGAGGCAUCAAGAGCGUCUUGACGCUAAAAAACUUUUUGGGGGGGAAGCUGGUGAAAAGCGGAAGAAGGAGAUGCCCAACCAGUCAAGUACCGCCCAGCGAAGCGUCAAGAAGCCUACUCACGAAAGGCCUUUCGCUGAGCAGAUUUCUAAGAUAAAAGCUGCCAUAUUGAAAGCGAAAACCCUCAACGAAGUGAGACACCUUGAGGCUCUUUUGCAGGCCGGUAAACUUCCCGAGGAUGUCUUAAAACUAAGCCAGGAUGGCACAGAAUAGCCAGUGUUUUAUGUAAUGCAGUCGUCGCUAGCCAAUCUCUGUAGUCUUGCUGUCCCGCCUAAAUGUUCCGAGCGCGUGGUUUGCCUUUCGUAUGUCUU